CAGAGGGACCCACGCUCAGAGACCGUCUCUGGGCCACCGCCAGCACCAUGACCCCAGUGAAGAUGCUGCUGCUGGUCACCCUCCUCCUGGGCGCUGCCCUGCGGGACGCCCAUGCAGCCCGAGGGACCAACGUGGGCAGGGAGUGCUGCCUGGAGUACUUCAAAGGGGCCGUCCCCGUCCAUAAGGUGGCGAAGUGGUACCGGACCUCGGAGGAGUGUCCCAAGAACGCCAUCGUGUUUGUGACCCUCCAGGGCAAGUCCAUCUGCAUGAACCCCAACGAAACCAGGGUGAAGAAGGCAGUCAAACAUUUGCGGAGAAAACAGGAAGACAAGUGAUCCCAGCCCCCAGAAGCCCUGAUUUCUCCCUGGACCAUUUGGAAACUUCCCGUAGCCUUGGUAUGGGCUGCCCCAACCCUCAGCUGCCUGAGUCCAGUGGAGGCCGUUUCAGGGACAAAGAGGACCCUCGUCCCCCCUUCUGAACUGGAACCGUGGCAGGAAAGGGCCCCGAUUAAAGUCUGUCUUUCCAA